AUAGAGAGACAGAGACAGUAGACUCAGGAAACACAUUCAGGUCUCAGAAUCUGUGCAAGAGAAGAAAAAGACAGGAGGGUUCAGAAAGAAAGGAGGGCAGGAGCAGAUAAGGAAAAGAGAGACAAUAGCAAAAAACGGACUAAUUAACUUAUGACCACUGAGGGCUUUGGAGAUUUUUGCUUAAGAACAGGAGAGAUUUCAAAAUCAGAUGCGACUCAACAUGUAGUUGUUCUGCAGGGUCCUGGUCAGAUUCUCCCCUUUUCUUCCCCCUUCAGAAUUUAAUUGUUUUACUCUACAAAGACAGAUGUGAAUGUUUUCUGGAGAGAUCUGGGGGAUGCGUCUGAGGGAGAGAUGCAGAGCAGAGAAUUCUGACAUGGUGCCGACCCAAAUUGACAGAGACGAGGAAAGAGUGGACUGUUCAGUGGCGGCAGACACGUCUCCAGCCAGACACAGGUAUUCUCUACUCAACAUUAAGAUCAAUCCGGCUAUUGAUCCAUUCUAAUUGAAACUAUCAUCAGUAUCGUGCUCUGAUCUUGUAUUUUCUGUUGAUGCGUGAUAGUGGCAUUGUGAUGUUAAAUAGUCAUUUGAAUUGUAACCUAACUCCAAUAUUUGAACAUCUCCUUUCAUUGCAAAAUCAACAUUGGCAGCUGAUAUUUGCUUUGUCAGGAAAUCUGUGUGAUGUGCAGAGCAAUAUCAACGAUCAGAUUCACAAGGACAUAAAUAAUUUCUUAAAAAUGUACUAAUAGAAUGAGUAAUAUACCAAGAGCGCGUGUGUGUAAAUAAUAACUCACAGCUAAUCUAUAUGUUUGUUUACAUACGUGUUGAAUAUGAUAUGCGUCACUACCAGUGUUCUUGAUUUAGAGCAACAGUUGAACUGAAAGCCAUACGACAAACUAUUGACCUAUUACAAGCCAUAACCAUCAUAGACAAUAAUCCUGUUUCAAACGCAACGCUGUGCUUUCUAAUGACAAGAAUCCUGUGCUUCUGUUGUCAGCGUGUCAGUCGCACACUUACUGUGAGGAACGAAAAGAACAUGUAGAGAAACUACAGGGAGGAGGAGGAUACAGACAUUUUUCUGUCAGAGACUCAAAAGAAGGGCAUCAGGCCAACAACAGACAUGUAAGUGCUUCCUAAAUCAAAGUGAGAGAGAGGAGGGGGUCCAUCCUGCUGUUAAGAUACACAAAAGGGGACAAAGACACAGCAUGUGAGUGGAAGUGAAGCCACAGUCAGCCUGAUAAUUGAUUGUUUCUAAAACUGAGUGCUUUACCUACCUGGACAACACAGACUCUGCCUGCGUCAGAGCUGGGAAACAGACAAUAACCUCUGCUAAAGUAGAGGGAGCAAUAGAUUCAGAGCAGAGAGGAGGAGAGGGGUUUCCCUGUCUCUUCUCUCGACCCGUCUCGUCGUCAGGCUGGCAGGCACAGCCAUGGCGUUCACCUUUGCGGCCUUCUGCUACAUGCUCACCUUGGUGCUGUGCGCCGCUCUCAUCUUCUUUGUCAUAUGGCAGAUCAUCGCUUUUGAUGAGCUGCGCACAGACUUCAAAAACCCCAUUGAUCAGAGCAAUCCCACCAGAGCGUUGGUGGUCCCAGAGUACUCCAUCCACGGACUCUUCUGUCUGAUGUUCAUGUGUGCUGGAGAGUGGGUCACACUCGGCCUGAAUAUCCCACUGCUCUUCUACCAUCUGUGGAGGUUUUUUCACCGGCCAGCUGACGGGUCAGAGGUCAUGUACGAUCCGGUCAGUGUGAUGAACGCCGACAUCCUCAACUACUGCCAGAAGGAGUCGUGGUGUAAACUGGGCUUUUAUCUGCUCUCUUUCUUCUAUUAUCUCUACAGUAUGGUCUAUGCCUUGGUGAGCUUUUAACUCACAGGAGAUCUGGAGAGAAAAAAAGGGAAAUAUCUGUAAGAAAGACCCAGAAGAAAGACCGGAGACUUCAACUUUUCCUCUCUCCAUAUUCCCAUCCCUGGCUUGGAUUUCCAACAGUCAGAACAAGGACAAACCAAGACCAAGCUGAGUGAUGAUGUGAAUGUAAAGGCUCCGCUCGAUUAUGUUGCUUUAUCCCAGUUUCUGCUGUCGGUCAGCCAGACGAAGUUUCGGAGGAUGGAAAUGAAACAGAAUGAGGACGCAGCAAGUGUUUAUGUUGCCUUUGAUCAUUAUCAGAUUUUAACAAUAUGAAGGGCUGGAGUUUUUUUCCCCCCAUGCUGCUCUUACCGAUACAGUCGCUCAACUCACUGUGAAUCUCCAAACACUUUGGAAAAGGAAAUAAUACGUGUGCAUUCUGUGAGUUUGAAAACCCACUCAAAGUAGGAUUGUGUUGGUUUCAUUCCAUGUGUAAAAUAAUUGCUUUGAUUGUGUUACAGGUUAAUACAACUGUAAGAAACAGGUUAAAUAGUGCAGGAGAACUCUAACACGUUGUAAGAAAUGCUGGAGGCCUUGCAGGGAAAUAACACUUUUAACCAGGAUGGAAAUAAAGCAUUGGCUAAGACAUCGUUGUCUUGAUGACAACCUCCACCAGAAGUUGAAUUUCACACUGUAAUUAAAGCAUCAAAUUAGUAAUCAUAAGUUUGACUGUAAGAGUCAAUGCUUUGUGAUGUGUAUUUAAAUAAGUUAAAGUCCAUAGCUUUGAGGGCCUAUUAUUCCAGGUUCAUGCUUUCUGAGGAGCUUCAUGCUCAGGCAUAUAACUUAAAUAUAUAAAAAACAUUGUGCCAAAUUUAAAAAAGAAGUCAAUUCAAAGUGAAAAUAAAAAUGAUGAAUAUCUCUGUCUACAUGCUGUGUUGUUACUGCCAGGCCAUGACUUUUAUUUUUUCACUCUUAAACAAAGAUUUUGGCGCAAUGUUUUUUACUUGAAAAAGUAGAAACUUAGUUCUGUUGUAAUUCUUUUUGUGUGUGCAGGGAGCGCCUUAUUCCUAUUUCCUAUUCCUAGUGACGUUUACUCUUAAUCAUCUGCAUCUAUACUAUAGUCAUUUUAGCACAGCAGCUCUUCUCUGAUAUGAGGUAGAAUAUAGAAAAUCCCAUGUACAAAAAGCAAUUUAAAAACAGAAAACUAGCAAUGUAAUAGGAUUCAUGAGUCGAUGCAGUUUUAUUAAGUGUAUGUAUUAAUAGAGAGUGGGACACAAGUGACACAUGAGACAACAAGGACUCUAUGACAGCGUCUCAGUUAUUAAAGAAGUAUAAGGACAGUGAAGUUGCUUCAAUUCAUCUACAAUCAUAUUAUCAAGGUUUUAAGGGACGGACAUUAUAAAACAUUGAGGUUGCUGAUGACCAAGAUAUGUAAACAGUGAAGCCUUUUCUCAGCUGGUGCUGCCUUUGUUAUCAUGUGUUCCGAUUUCUUCUAGAUAUAUCCUCAUUAUCUCAGCUAAGCAGUGGUAGUAGUUGUAGGUUUCUAGCCCUAUUUUGUACUUGACAGUGGCUGAGAAUAGACACAGAAUAAAAACAAAUCAGUUCAAUCUGGGUUUUUGUUCUGAUUUGCACCAAGUUGAAAACAGUCAUAGAUAUUCACCUCCUAAAUAUGCCUGAUUUAAAAAAGAAAUCAUAGCCCAUGCAUUAUUCCCUGAGAAAAUGGCAAAAUAACAAUAAUGGCACUCAGUGGAGUAAAUACCUCCACCAAGACCAACCCAAAUUUCACAAAGUAAUUUACCUAAAUUUAACUGAAUCAUGAUUACUUCCUGGAAAACAAAAUGUUGAAAAACACCAUCAACAUCUCGCAAUAACCAAAAAUUCUUGAAUUCUUGGAUGGCUUCUUCCUUGACUCAUAGCACAUCCCUCCAGUUUAAUGGUAAUCCAUCCAAACAACAACCAAACAAACCAAUGGACUGGGGGUGAAAAAAUAACCUCCUUAGCUCGACAAAAUGAACUAAAGUCAUCUGUAUUGACUAAUUAUUAAGGUACCUUUCAUUUGCUUUACAUUUCAGCAACUUUCAUGUCAUUUACUAAAAUUAAUUUCAUGUUAUAGUUUCCCUGUGGAGCAUUUUCAAGUUGAAGCCAUAUUUGAACCUUAAAUCACAUUGUCAGUGUUUAUCCUCUAUCAGGUUUCUUCUUGACCACUGCAGAAACGAAAAAUGCCCACACACACACACACACACACACACACACCUCUUGUGUCAUUUACGAUCAAUUUUAUACCUAUUGAGAACUAAUGAAGGAGCAAGAUCAGUUGAAACAUUUCCUUGGCUUGUCUUCAAUAGUCCAUCAGUGCUCACGAAGACAAAGUAGACAGUACAUGUUGCACCAAAUGAUGUUCCCAUGAGAGUAAUCACAGGACACUGAGACCUCAAAACUCUGCCAACAGUGUGAACGUGUUGAGUCUGGACAAUCACUACUAAAGCACAUGAACAUAUGGGAAGGGGGAGACACGCAGCUCGGUUGAAUGUCAUUACGUAGUUGCUCUAAACAAAGCAUUUUAGAAAAUUGUAUUUAAGUAUAUCUAUUUGUAUCUGUCUUUUAUACAUUUAUCAUCAAUGUACGCUACAGUCAACUUGGUGGAUUACUUUAUAUUUAUUAGG